UAAACACUGCUGUGUUGAAACAGAACAUUGGUGCGGUACAAAACAUGAAGGAAGACUUUGAGCUUGCCAUAGAAUCCCACUCAGACGCCAUUAAAACAUUUGGUGAUUACGCCAAUGCAAUUAAAGGAAGUAACACGGGGCAAGAAGCUGCCGGGAAGGGAGAAAUUGGAGAACACUUGCACGGGGAGUGAUGAGGGACUGAUGUACACAAUUGAAAACAACAGACGAUGGGUGAUCUACGAGGCACUGAAGGAAGAUCAAGCAGCCUGUGCUGGCGCUGCUCGUAGCUUCCUCAACAUGGGAAACGCCCACAUCAAGCUGGGGGACAUAAUGGAUGCCCACGACACGUUCUCACAAGCGUACGUGUAUGCAGAAAAAGGACAGGACACACGCACCAUGAUGCAGGCGUAUGAAGCGCUGGCAAGUAUUGCCAUGCGAUGCCGCGAGUCGCGUGCAGCCAGGGAGUACCUGGUGACAGCGAUGAAACUCGCCUUCUCUAUUAAGGGCUGGAGAGGUGAUGAAGGUCAGGGUCAACAUGACACCUACGACGUCCAGCGCAUUACAGACAAGCUGUCCAAACUACCUGUGACCAUGAGCGCAGAAAGGUUUCAGGAAGACUUCAACAAGACUACCAGCCAUUGGUCAACUCUCCGCAAAAGUACAAGCAGGAGGACGUUGAUUACCCCUACAUUGCCAGCAUUAUCAAAUCACCGUGCUGACAAAGGACAAGGUCCAUCCGGAAGAAAAUGAACGUGGCCUCACUCACUCAUCGUAAGACGAUAGUGACAAAUAAGGACACCGUGGAAAGGGAGAGGGAACCGAAGAGCAAACAAGUUGACGAAGAGGAAUAGAAGAAGGCGUGUAAUUUUAGCAAAUAUGAAGUAGAACGAGAAGAAUCCACCACCUAGUUCUAUUCGUCAGGAUACAUUUGUAUACAUACUGUCAUACCUGCUUGAAUCCUAAUAAUCUGUUGUCUGUCAUAAGACUCGUCUUAAAGCUUACCUUUCGUUAUUUGAACAUUUUAUUGGUAUGCAUCAUAGGGCAUCUGAAAUGGUUCAUGAUAUAGCUUAUAGUCUUCUAUUAGGUGUACUGUUGCUUAGAAAGUAAAGUUGAGAUGAUCAUUAAACCUCUUUUUGUAUCGUUUUCGUGUUGAUGAAAUUGUGUCUGAUUUUGAUUGGAAGGGAAGCUUAACAAUGUAAUAAUUAUGGUACUAACAAAAUCUAUGCUUUACAGAUUUAUUGGAAAAAGGUUAAACCCCUUUUUUACUUGUUUGAAACGAAAUACUUAAACCUGAAACUACAAAUUUAUUGCUUGUUAAAAUUGUAAUUAUGUACGUUUCCAUGUCUUCUGGACUGCUCCGCAUAUGUUAUUUAUAAAUACUGAACAAAAAUGUGAUAAAAUAAUAUAUAAUAGAUGCAAAUACUACUAUAUGCACAUUUUAUGUGUGACAUUGAAAUGUAAAAUGUUAUGUGAAAUAAAAAAAUAUAUAUAAA